GUUUUUAAUAUACAGUAUUUAUCUCUGAACCCCCUUUUGAAACCUGUUUUAUUCAAUUCUAGUGCUUCUGAGCACGUAGUGUUAAGCAUUUAAGUAGUGUUGUUUGCAGUGUUGGGGAGUAACUAGUUACGUGUAACGGAAUUACGUAAUUUAAUUACAAUAUAAAUGUAACUGUAAUCUGUUACAAUUACUAAAUGUGUAAUUAAAUUACAGUUACUUCUGAAAAUGUUAAUGAUUACAAAGGGGGUUACAUCUGAUAUUUUUUACACACAUAAAGAUAUGAUUGAUUUCUUUCCCAAAUUGCAUUGACUGCUUUAAAAUAUGAGACACCAAUGUUUCAGGAGUUCAGGACACAUGCUUAUUCCAUAACUGUUUUAUUUUGUAUUUGGGUAAAUGUAUAUGCUUUAUUUUUGAAGAUUAACUGUUUUUCCAAGGCAUUGUUAGAUGCCAGUGUUUCCUGAUUUGAUUUCAAAAACAGCAUCAUAGCUAUUUCUUGUUUUAAAUUUCCUGUAGCUCAAAUAGUAGAGCAUGGCGCUAGCAACGCCAAGAUCAUGGGUUCGAUUCCCAGGGAAAGCAAGAGCUGAUAAAAUGUAAAAACUGUAACUUGAAUGCAAUGUAAGUCGCUUUGGAUAAAAGCGUCUGCCAAAUGCGUAAAUGUAAAUGUUGUUAUGAUUUUAAAUCUGUAUUUAACCUCAGAAUGACCUCAAAGUAAAAAAAGAGGUGCUUAAGUCUGAUUUUGUGAUGACAGUGCUUUAAAUUAAAUUGUUACAAUCUUAAUUCAAGUGAAGAAGGAGUGAAGAAAGAGCACUACUGUAAGGUUAACCCUGCCUGCUUUAAAUGUUUGAAAAUGAUUGACAGUUGAAUACACUCAUUAGAAAUUUAGAAAAGUAAUGAAAGAGUAAUCAAAUGUAAUCAGUUACAUUACUUUAAUAAAGUAAUUGAAAUAGUUACACUACUUAUUACAUUUUAAAUAGGGUAACUUGUAAUCUGUAACCUAUUACAUUUCCAAAGUAACCUUCCCAACACUGGUUGUUUGUAAUCCCAAGUACACUAAAAAUGUAAUUUUUUUGCUUUUCUUCAUGGUUCAUAAUCCAAGCUGAACUGUUUCUCCAGCCCAUUGAGAUUUGGCUUCAUCAAGUGUAUUUUGAUGCCCCUGCCUGCAAGAAUGGCCAGACUGAGCGUUUCUUCCUGGUUGGGGAUUACUCAUCCUCAGCAGAGUUCUUCGUCACCAUAGCCGUUUUUGCAUUCCUGUAUUCCAUGGCAGCUCUCAGCAUCUAUGUCUUUGCCUUUGAGAAAUACCGCGAGAACAAUAAAGGACCACUGAUUGAUUUUGGUGUGACGUGUGUAUUCACCUUCAUGUGGCUGGUGAGCUCGGCAGCAUGGGCGAAGGGCUUGUCUGAUGUCAAGACAGCUACAGACCCAGAGAAGGUUCUAGAUCUGGUCCCCGCUUGUGAACAGGAAGGCAACCGCUGCCGUGAAGUUUACGACCCCAUCAUGUCUGGUCUUAAUACUUCUGUGGUCUUUGGCUUCCUCAACCUGAUCUUGUGGACGGGUAACCUGUGGUUUGUAUUCAAGGAGACCGGGAUCAUCGCACCAUUUAUGCGCCAACAGCCCGCCCAGGAGAAGCAGCCCGCCCCUGAUUCCUACGGGCAGGGAGGUUAUGGGCAGCAGGACCCAUACGCCGGCUCCCAGGGAGGCUACCAGCCCGAUUACAGCCAGCAAGGCUACAAUCAAGGUGCAGACUACGGACAGGGUGGAUAUGAGCAGCAGGGGGCACCCACCUCCUUUUCCAACCAGAUGUGAGCGAAGAAAUAUCUGAGGAAGCAGGAGAUGGCUG